UUUACCACAAAACAAAUUUAAGCAAAUGUAAUACAUCCAUAUCAACAAACAUUAACAAAUGUCUAUAAAUAAGAACGAGAUUACUUGAAAAAGGAAAAGUUAUAAAAAAUGGCAAGAGGAAUUCGGAAUGACGAAGCGAUGUUGGCGUUUCUGCUUCUGCAAAUCGUUUCCUUUUGCGGCUCAUGGCCGCUGUCGACGAACUCGCGAUGGAUAGUGGACGACGCGAGCGGGAAGCGCGUGAAGCUAGCGUGUGUGAAUUGGCCUUCGCACUUGGAGCCAAUGAUCGCAGAGGGCCUCGAAAAGAAGCCAAUCAACGUUAUAGUGAAGAAGAUAAGUGAAACAGGGUUCAACUGCGUGCGGUUCACGUGGUCGACGUAUAUGUUCACGAGGCCUGAUUACGGGAAUCUCACGGUUUCCAAAUCGUUAGAGAGAUUCAACCUAUCUGCUGCGAAAGCAGGCAUAGCCAAAAAUAACCCUCGAUUUUUGAACAUGAGCGUCGUCCAGCUUCACAAGGCUGUGGUUGAUGAGCUCGGGAAGAAUAAGGUGAUGGUAGUGCUCGACAACCACGUCAGCCGCCCGACUUGGUGCUGCAGCGGCGACGGCAACGGGUUCUUCGGCGACGCCGAUUUUAGCCCGGAGGAAUGGCUGCGAGGCCUAGCUGCGGUGGCCAAGGCAUAUAAGGCUCAUCCUGCGGUCGUAGGUAUGAGCAUGAGGAAUGAGUUACGAGGUAGCAGACAAAACGAGGCAGAUUGGUACAAAUACAUGCAGCAAGGAGCUAACACAAUUCACGCACAAAGCCCAGAUUUCCUAGUCAUCGUCUCUGGAUUAAACUUCGACAACAACCUUGGAUUUCUCAAGUCCAAACCGUUGGCAGUUAAUGUGAGGAACAAAUUGGUUUACGAAGCGCAUUGGUAUUCCUUUGGCAUUCCUGCUGAAAAAUGGGCUGCCCAAACCAACCAGUUAUGUGCCACCGUCACCAAAUGGGCACGAGACAAUUAUCUUUUCUUGAUUGCAGGCAACAACUCUUUCCCUCUAUUUCUGAGUGAAUUUGGCAUUAACCAAAGAGGCGACGAUCUGGCCGACAACAGGUACAUAAGUUGUCUCUUGGCUGCUGUAGCUGAGGCCGAUCUCGACUGGGCUUUGUGGGCUUUACAAGGCAGCUACAUACUUAGAGAGGGACACGUUAAUCUUGAAGAGAUUUAUGGAGUUCUUGAUAUUAAUUGGGAUCAUCCCAGAAAUCCUGCAUUUCUUGAUAAAUUGCAGGUUGUUAGGCAGAUCAAUCAAGAUUUCAAGUCGAAGCACCCAACAUACUAUAUACUGUUCCAUCCUUUGAGUGGGCAAUGUGUGCAUGUUGUGAAGAAUGACAUAGUUGUGGCAACCUGCAAAAAUGCAAGCCGAUGGGAUCACCACCAAGAUGGUGGCCCUAUAAGGCUGGCGGGAAGUCCAUGGUGCCUCGGGGUGGCCGGAGACGGGACAACGCCCCGUGUCUCGAAGGAUUGUUCGAGCAAGUGGAAGCUUGUAUCAAGCACUGGUCUCCAUUUAGCUGCCCAAGAUGGCAGAGGGAAACACUUGUGCUUAGAGAAGAAUGCUUCGGAUUCUAAGCUUGUGACUAAGAAAUGUCUUUGUGUUGGAGAUAAUCUUGCUGAUUUACCUACUUGUGCUCAGAAUCCAGAGGCACAAUGGUUUAAGCUUAUUCCAGCAAAUAUUUGAUGCAUGCAACGCAUUAUGUUAGAGUAUUUGCAUUGACUUGAAUAAUUAAUAGUACGUGUUUGGACUAUAUUUUAACUUGAGAAAAAAUAAAAAGAUUGUG